CGCCCUCUCAUCACUUGAUCAAUAUCUCAAUAGACAUGGUCCUAGUCUAUCGACACCAUCAACUCCACAAUCUGUCCAACACACCCACCUCGCUCACCUUCAGCUUUGCACUCACCCACCUUCGUUCGCCUUUAGCUUUACACACACCCACCCACCCACCUGUCGUCACUCACCAACCUAUUCAAUGACCUUCUCGCCUGAUCGUCGACCUCGAAGGCGGAUGACACAUUGUACCCAUCCACCGUCAGCCUCUCGACCUCGUCGUCACCUCGUCGUCACCAGACAUCACCCUCACCCACCUUCCCUUCCCUCUCCACGACCUGGACCUCCCCAUUCAACCAAAAAUCAACUCACACCUCUCUCAUCCAUCCCGAACACCCCGCCAACCUUCCUGGACCUCCUCGACGUCCUCCCACCACCUCAUCGCCUUCAAAACAGCAAAAAAGCCUGCCUCCAUACGGAGUCGAACCGUAGACCUCGGCAUCGCAAUGAUGACCGGCACAACCUCGGAUUGACCUCGGUUGAACGUCGGAAUGUUACUAGUGCCGCGCUCUACCAACUGAGCUAUAGAGGCGUUGAAGAGGCAGUCGCAUCUAAAUUAUAUAUACACUGGAUACUAGCAGGAAAAGCACUUUGCGCCGAUGACGUAGUCGUUAUUACGCCCGCAAUCUUGCAUGUGAAAGAUCGCGUUGAAAGAGUACACGGAGAGUAGUGACUGCCGCCCAGAAGUGUUUUCUCUCUGAGC